AUGGGAAGACCCAAGCCGCAAGCUUUCUUGUACAUGGAGCGCCACGUCUAUGUUAUGGGGAGACCCAAGCCGAAAGCUUUCUUGUGCAUGGAGCGCCAUGUCUACAUGUAUGUUAUGGGGAGACCCAAGCCGAAAGCUUUCUUGUACAUGGAGCGCCACGUCUAUGUUAUGGGGAGACCCAAGCCGAAAGCCUUCUUGUGCAUGGAGCGCCACGUCUAUGUUAUGGGGAGACCCAAGCUGAAAGCUUUCUUGUACAUGGAGCGCCACAUCUACAUGUAUGUUAUGGGGAGACCCAAGCCGAAAACUGUCUUGUACAUGGAGCGCCACGUCUAUGUUAUGGGGAGACUCAAGCUGAAAGCUUUCUUGUACAUGGAGUGCCACGUCUAUGUUAUGGGGAGACCCAAGCCGAAAACAUUCUUGUAUAUGGAGCGCCACGUCUAUGUUAUGGGUAGACCUAAGCUGAAAGCUUUCUUGUACAUGAAGCGCCACGUCUAUGUUAUGGGGAGACCCAAUCCAAAAGCUUUUUUGUGCAUGGAGCACCACGUCUAUGUUAUGGGGAGACCCAAGCCGAAAGCUUUCUUGUACAUGGAGCGCCAUGUCUAUGUUAUGGGGAGACCCAAGCUGAAAGCUUUCUUGUACAUGGAGCGCCACGUCUAUGUUAUGGGUAGACCUAAGCUGAAAGCUUUCUUGUACAUGAAGCGCCACGUCUAUGUUAUGGGGAGACCCAAUCCAAAAGCUUUUUUUGCAUGGAGCACCACGUCUAUGUUAUGGGGAGACCCAAGCUGA